UAAUUUUUUCUGUGUAUGAAUCUAGAUUUUCUUUUUGCAAAUACAAAUAUACAUGCCUAUUUGUUCCUGGCCAACCUAAAAGGGGGUCUACAACUUAUAUACUUUUGCACCUUCCUUUUGCAUUCAAUCAUAUUUCUUGGAGAGAUUUCCAUAUAAAUACAGAUCUUCCUUCCUUGAUCCUUUAUUACUCUUGCGUACUAUUCCAGCAUAUGGUUGGCCACAACUCUAACCGAUCCUUAUUAAUGGACAUUUGAGUUUGUUAUUAGGCUUGUCCCAAACAGGCUGUGUUGACCAACCUUGUGCAUAUUUUUUUAGACAAAUAACUGCUGGGUCAAAGGGCAAAUGCAUUUGGAACGUUGGAUAUAUGUUGCCAAAUCACCUUUGGGAGGGGUUGUGCAAAUGUGCAUUCUCACCAGGAUGGUCCCUUACUGAGUCAGCAAGCUGAGCGUCCGCUCUGCACAUGGCCCUGGGCUAAACAAGAGCAACACAUGGAUAAGAUGCCGCUGGGACUUCCUUUUGGGCAGAGAGAGAGAGUGACUUACUGGACCACCUAGUCGGUUUGUGAUAACGUGCUCCAGCAUGGGACAAGGACUAUGAGAAUGUGGACAAAGGUGUGAUUUGUUCUGCAAGGACGUCUUCAGGGGAGGCACAGGUGAGCCGGGCCCUGAAAGACCAGCAAGUUGCCAAGGGGAGGGGAGCUGUGUGAGACGUGGUGCUGGGGGGUGGGGGGGGGGCAUGAACAGCAGCUGAGAAGCUGAUUCCAAGAGCCGCGGAUCGAGUACUUUGAUGGAGCUGGAGGAAUUAAGUUUGGAGAGGCAAGCAAAGAGAGACUGAGUGCUCACCCUGAAGGAGCCAAGCAGUCUUUGUGGGCUUGUAAGUGGCAACGACGUGGUUAGAUGGUCCCCCAGGCACGUGCUCUGCCCACUCUAUUCCCCGGGACUCCAACCUUCCAAGCACACGGUCGUGUGUGUCCAUUUCACCCCAGGGCGUCAUCUGAUAACCUAAACUAGGACCUCACAAAAGCCCCCAAGCAGGCCAGUUAUGAUGCAAGAAGAGUUUGUGACUAUGUCACUGUUCUAGAAGGAAAGUCCAGGCAGUGACACCUCCUAUCCUAGCCUAUUGCCAGAUUAUGAUCAGGGAAUGGGAGAAAGGCUGCCAGAAGGUUGGGAAACAGAGGCCCCAAGAAAGGAAGGCUGCAGAGGGCAGGUGGAGAAGGAAUGGAGGGCCAGUCAGAAUGUAUAACACAAGCGAUGCCUUUCUGGAGAAGGACCCCCUGUGCUCUCAGUGGGGUCUGUGUUCUACUUCACCGCUGGGGGUAUGGACCAAAUUCUACAAAUCAGAUCCACGCAUUGCCUUUGGGAAAUACUCCCCCUUGGAAAAAGAGAUCCUACGUCUGGGAGGUGUUCACACCACAGCGGCAAGAAGGUUUCUGACUCACAAGCAAGAGGAAGAACGGAAAGCCCUCAAAGAGCUGCAGUCGCUGUCUUCGGACUAUAAACGGGCUCUGGGAUUCCGAACAGAGCACUCCCCUCCCUGUGUCACCUGCAGGCCCCUGGAGAAAAUAUGGACGGCCAAGGUGGUCGUGCCUGCGGAGGAGUUGAGGAUGCCGCAGCGCGAGCAGCUCACUGUCAUCAAGCACAUAGAACGGAUGCAGCUCGCUCGAGCCCUUCGGAGCAAGCACCUCCUGCCCCACGUCGAGAGGUUCAAGUGCUCUUCAUUUCUGUCCGGGGGCGGCCUGGGCCCAAUGGCAAAAGACAAGACCAGGGAAGAUGAAGGCAAUGAGGAUGAAAAUUUCUAUGACAACGCCAAGCAAAGGGAGAGAGGCGAGGCAGAGGUCAAAGCCAUGAGGAGACAAGAAAUAAAAAUGAACGUCGUGUUCAAGUCAGAAGAACCGAAAACACGUAUCACACACCAUCCGAAUGAUCGGAAGCCAUUCUUCCCCACCAAGAAAGUGGAGCGGUCCAUCACUGGCCUAACCAACCGAAAUAUUUUCCACUUAGCUGAGUUCCCUGGUGACCUAAUGCUAAUGAGUCAGGAUUUUAUUUCCCGGGGAGCCCUUCCCACGGGUGUGACGAAGGCCAGCCUCGUGGGGAAAGGCCACUUCCGGAAAGGGCAGGAGUACAAAGCUCCUUAGUAUUAAAGGCUGACUGGUUUCCACGGUAA